GUGGGGUAGACCAUACUAGAGCUCCUAAACAGAUGUAGAGACGCAUAUUAUCUGUAGCGACUCCCCCGACAUCCUUCAUAAGAGGGCAAAAGCACGGACAAACAUGUCCGGAGACUCUUCCUCAUCUGGGCCCAGUUUCUGGAAAGACACUAUUGACGGGCAUUUUCUGUCGGUCCAUUCAGCCAAGUACAAAGUCUUGUGCGAAAGUAUCCCCGGCGAUUAUACAUGCCACUUAAAAGGGCUGGACAAGUCUGCAAGGCCUUAUAUCCUUUAUAAGAAGCGUAUGCUCUCGACUUUGGACCCCCAGACUGGAGGGAGCGAUCAAUGCGCCAUGCGUCUAUCCUCAACCGCUCACUCUCACUACUCCGUCGAGUCGGCACCGCGAACCCCCAGUCUAGUAUAUGAGGCUCAUGUAGACCAUUCCAAAGAAGAGCCAGUCAAGCUUGUUCAGAAGUGGAACAAUAAUCCACGAGGGAUGGUUAUCUGCCUUUUGCUUUAA